UUUCAGAACCUCGUACGUUCAAAGCAUUAAAUCUCAGUCCCUCUAUGGUCUCACAUACAGUUAUGUAAUAAGUUAAAUAUGACAUUUUUCUUACAUAUUUUUAGAGAGCAUCCAUAUUUUAAAACCAAAAUUUCAAAAAAAAAAUUAGCUAAUAGCUCAAUUGAAUAUGUCCAUCUGCUGAGCCGUCAAUAUUGUCUGUGGUCUUUCUCUCUUUCCGUCUCAGAAAUAAAACCCUCAGACACACACACACACACAAAAGCUGAGUAACAUGGAAGAUGCAGUAGGCAAAAGUGUGGAAGAUCAUGUCAUAAGGCAAGAAGAAAAUAGAAACAAGGGGAAGAUUAAUAAGAUGGAGGGUUGUGAAAUGAUGAUAGUAAGGUUUAUGGGAGUGCUAUUGUGUUUAGCUGCGGCGGUGGUUGCUGGAGUGAGUGAGGAGAGCAGCAUCAUAUCACUUGCUACACUUGCUCCUUGUCUCCCUCCUGUGGAUCUCUCUGUCACUGCUAAGUGGCACUACUUGUCUUCCACUGUAUACUUGGUAGUGGCAAAUGCCAUCGCAUGCCUAUACGCAGCAGCAUCGCUUCUACUCUGCUUUGUAAGCUGGCGCAAUAAGCGAUACAGUACCACAUUUCCUCUGCUUAUACUGGACCUAAUGAUGGUAGCUUUGCUCUUCUCUGCGAAUGGAGCAGCCACGGCGAUUGGCCUUGUAGCCCUUCAUGGGAAUUCUCAUACACAUUGGCACAAACUUUGCUACCUGUUUCACAGGUAUUGCAUUUAUGGUGCAGCUUCAAUCGUCGUAUCUACACUUGGAUCUUUGGUGUUUCUUUGCCUCGUCGUGCUUGCAGCCUUAAAGCUGUAUAGGGAAUAAUCCCUGCAAGAGAAGUGACGUGUAAUAUUGUUGUUCUGUUAUUUUGCUUAUGUUCUGGUUUGUUUUUGUAAAAUAUACUUAAAGUUACAUAAGCUUGCCGCUGUUAAGUAGAUGAGCAAUUACAAAUUUACAAAAUGGGUCGACAUCAGUGCAAUUCAGAGAUUACCUGUAAUACAGGGAAAACUAAAUACUGAAUUAACUGUAGGAGGGCCGAGGGCUGAAGAGAUGUCCAAAACUCGACGUCAAUAUUCUGAUGUAUUCUUCUGACUAAAACUUGUUACUGCUCAAACAAAUUCUUUCUUCUCUUA